UACAAAUGUUAGGACUUCAACUUGACAAUCCGAACGCCGGUCAGAAACACCGCAAAAAGGUACAAGGUGAAGAAGACGUCUUGGUUUAUAUUGAGAAAUCUGAAGAAAGUCUGAGGAAAGGAGCCGUUCGUCGACAGUUUCCCAUUAAGUUAGCUUACGCCUGCACAGCCCACAAAGUUCAAGGCAUGACAAUGCACUCUGCAGUAGUGUCAUUGAAGAAGAUUUUUGAGCCGGGAAUGGCCUACGUUGCUCUCAGCAGAACAACAUCUCUACAAGGAUUACACAUUAUGGAUUUCGACGACAAGAAGAUAUAUGCUGAUCCUGAAAUCACAACCUCUUUGCAAAGCAUGAGAAGAGCCAGAGUUGAAGAAAUCAUGCAACUUCUGCAGCACGUGAGGGAAAAUAGGCAGGAACAGACACUCACCAUCAUUCAUCACAACACGGAAGGACUGGCAUCUCACAUGGAGGAUAUCAGAUGCCAUCAUGAGCUACAACUCGCCGAUGUUCUGUGUUUAACAGAAACACACCUGACUGGAUUGUCUACCUCAGAUCUCCAAUUGGAAGGAUACAACUUGUUCACACGCAACAGGCAUGUCUCUUACUCCACACAUCAAGAACUUGGAAGGAAAAAUGGAGGUGGAGUCGCAAUAUAUUGCAAGGAGCACAUUCCAACUCAGCCCAGGCAAUAUAUACAAAAUGUGACUGAUCUGGAGUUUGCUGUGAUCAAAUUGGAUUCCCCAAUAAAAGCAGCAGUCGUAGCUGUGUAUAGGCCACCGCAAUACAGUAUUGGAGAUUUCUUGACCAACCUGAACAGUAUGCUGGAUUACCUGGACCUCACACACAACGAUCUCGCCAUCAUCUGUGGAGACUUCAACGAGGACCUCCUACACCCUGGAAAAAAACCUAUUCUGGAGUUGUUUCAAUCUCGAGGAUACACGCAACUGAUUACAUCAGCGACAACGGAAAAGCACACACUACUUGACCACAUCUACAUUUCAAAUCCGGACUUCUGCCAUCAAUCGGGCGUGUUACAGACCUACCACAGUUACCACAAUCCUGUGUACUGUGUAUUGCGUUUUUUUUCAUAGGUGAAUUGCCCGCUAUACCAGGUCACUGGGGCCACUGAAUCAGCAUUAACGACAACAGUGGGGCUACACCAGCCUUAGUUCCCCAGUGGCUUUUGUAUCAGUGGUGUCUUGGCCUUAAGCCAUACGGAACUGGGGUUCCACUUAUCCUCCUCCAUCGACGACAGUGACGUUGCAGUUAUAUUGUGUUGUCUGUUGUAAUAUGAAGGUGUUGUGUCACUGAGUUACCUAGAGUUCAGCAGCAGGAAGGACGAAGGAGUAGUGUGGCAGCUCCAGGCAGGACAGGAAGUGAAGGCAGCAGAAUACAGGACACAGUCAGGAUUAGUGUAAUAACUCCAGGGAAGACACAGACAGUGAGAGCAACAGCAGCAAUGCAGGAAGAUUUUGGAGACCAUAGCAGUCCUCUGCAACACUGGAUAUGAGUGUGCAAUAUACCAUCUAAAGGAACCGGCGAGUCAGGAUGUCUGAGAAGAUCAAGUGUGCUUCUCCACUGAUGAUGAUGAGCUGGAUACCACCUUAUGUGCUAAUUUCUUUCAAAGACAGGACCAGAUGUGUUUGGAGUUGAAGACAAUGCUGAAGACCAAAGAAGCAACGGAAGAAGCACAUUAAAGCACUGAGGGUGUCCAGCCUGUUUGCCAUGUCAGAUCCAGCGGCUAGAUGGCGGGAGAUGCUUCAUUAUACCCCUGAUUGCCUUUAAUCAUUAGAUGAUCGUUUAAUUAAUUUUAAUAUAUAUUAUCUUAUUAUAUUAAAUAAUUGGUCUCAGUUUACUACUCAGUUUGCUAAUAUAGGCUUGAAUAAGAAUGUUCUUAUAAUGUGUACGCCAUGCCCGAGGAGGAUGGGUUCCCCCUGAUGAGUCUGGUUCCUCUCAAGGUUUUUUAUCUCCUUAAGAGUUUUUUCCUUGCCACCGUCGCCACUGGCUUGCUCACUGGGGGUGUUGUGUCAAAUCCUGUAUCCCUCUCGCGUCCCUGCCGACCAGGGUUUCCAAAACAACAGUUUGUGACUCAAUUCAUAAUUUUUUUAUUAAAUCAUAGAAAUUUAAACAAAUAAAAGUGAAAUCAUGUUAUGGCUUAGUCACUUACAGUAAAGCAGUAAGCCCUGUGAUGCUGUGAUUAACAGUGCUUUCAGAAAUGCUAAGGGGUGUUGUUGUUUUCUGAAAUCACAGGGCUUAUUUAUGGGCUUAUUCCCUUUAUAAACACUUGUGCAGUAAUAGACGCAAUCAUGGACGGUAAUGGAGUAUUUUACAAUGGCUUUAAAUGCAACAUGCACAAGGUUCACUUUAUUAAUACAAUAAUUCAAAGACUUUCAUCACUAUUCUGCCAAAAUAGAAACUUGAUUUUACAUUUAUUAUUGCAACCGUAAGAGAUUUGUUUUUUAUUUUCAUAAUUCGAUAAUUUUAAUAUGAAGUUCAAAUAAUAUUUAUACGUGAGCUAGUACGACAUUACAGGGUGGGAUUUGGCACAACAGGUGUUUUCUAAAACUUUUAAUAAACAUUGUGGUUGAAUUGGCA